AUUGUCUUCAUGAUGACCAUCAUCUCUCUGAUCCUGCUGGUCUCUCUGCUGCCACACCUGACCUUCACUGCUCGUGUGAAUGUGGGUAUAGUGAACGGCAGGGAAGCAAAACCCCACUCCAGACCUUACAUGGUUUCUGUACAGAAGGACAAGGAACAUAUCUGCGGUGGAUUCCUCAUCUCUGAUAGAUUUGUCAUGACUGCUGCACAUUGCCGAAAAAAUGCUCCAGUUGUGACGGUUGUGCUAGGUGCACAUGACCUACGGAAAGAGAAUUCAGUCCGAUUCACAGUGGAUUCAUACCAUCAGCAUCCAAUAAGACAAUCAAAUCUUUUUAAUAAUGAUGCUGACGUUUUUGGUUUACAGUUAGAAAAAAAUGUACAACUAAACAACAAUAUCAAGUGGAUAUCCAUACCAGCGGAAGAAGGUGAUAUCGAAGCAGGUUCUGUUUGCAGUAUUGCAGGCUGGGGACUUUUAGAAACUAAAGGCAAGAGAAGCGAUCACCUCAUGGAGACAAACGUGACGGUCAUGAAUAACAAGAAAUGUGAAAGCAAAUGGGGGAAGGAGGACUUUUCCGCUUCACAGAUGAUGUGUGUAUAUGGAGAUGGAGGAAGCUGUGAGGGGGAUUCAGGAGGUCCUUUGGUUUGUGGAGACACUGCAAUUGGUGUCACUUCCUUUGGUGACCCUGAUCUCUGCAAUUCACCUGAGCUACCUGAAGUUUAUACUAAGAUUUCAGCAUAUAUUCCAUGGAUAAAGAACAUAAUUGGAAAUGUCAAUUGAAACUUGCAGAUAAAAUGGGGUGAUUUGUUUUUUUGUUUGAGCUGAUUUUCUUCCCAAUUCAUCUUUUAAUAAAAAAUAACAUGCAUUGAUGUACUGUCUAGAGAUUUUAAUGAAUCAGAAAUGGUAUUUUAAACCAGAUAUGAAACUGCAGACAGUUUGAAGACAACCAUCAUAAAAAUUUACAGAAUGCUAUUGAAAAUAAAGGCAAAAGUACAUGCCCACUGAUUAUGCAAAGUUUAGGGUCAGUAAGAGAUGCUGUACUUUUAAACUUUCUAUUGAUAAAAACUCCUUAAAUUUAUCGGUUUCAACAAAAAUAUUAAGUAUCACAAUAGUUUUAACACUGAAAAUAAGAAAUUUGAAGAAAUGAAAUAAGAAUGACCAUAUGACACUGAAGACUAGAAUAAUGGCUGUUGAAAUUCAGCGUUGUCAUCACAGGAAUAAAUUACAUUUUAAAAUGUA